CAACUCCAUCACUGAUUCGACGACUCAAGGCUGUCGCAAGCUUCAGAGAAAACUACUGUCGACUCACAGAUUUUCUUUCUUCCAUAGUCGCUGAAAUUCUUCAAUUUAGGCCUGUCACAUACUUAAACAGUGUGAAUAGCAUAAUUCUGAAGGCUGUUAGCCGAGCAUCUGAUUCGGACGUUCUAGCAUAGUUUGCUGAAAAAAUAUAUAUAUAUACUACAAAAAUGGAGAUAGAAGAUGGAUGCUUUGGUGGUUUUCUCAGCUUUGCAGAGCUGGAAAGAUAUUUCAUCCAUGACUACGAUCUGGAUGCAUUCAGGGACAUCAAACCAUUCCAAAUACCCAAGUCCAAAGAUUGCGAAAGGUACAGCGACUUACCAACCACUGGCUUCUUGAACUGGGCAGCAUGCUCACAGCCACCUCGUUACACUGAGAUGCCCCCUCCUCUCCAACGCAUACAGACAAACAAUGCGGAAGAGGUGGUCUUUUUUAACGUGCAGAAGUGCUACGAGAAAGUACAAUGCCGAAAGAACAAGAAAUCGAAACAGCGUGUCCAAGGGGCCACAAUCAACUUGAGAGUCACGACCGAAACCCCAAUCUCCAAAGUAGAAGUGUACGUAGAGAGGCUGCCUAAGGCUGCUGUUCUCUGUGGAGACAGCAACGGCAGAGUGCCACUCAAACUGAAGAUGGAAAACCUCAUGUAUUCUGAUAACUACCAAAGGCAAGAUCAAUACUUCUCUGUUGACCUGGACUCUGUGUACCACAAUCCAAUCACUGGCUCUCCAGUAUACAAGCUAUCCACAGUGGACUCGGAAAGACGCAACCGCUUUUGGUUGUUAGCUUACAUUGUCUACGCUAACGGACGUAAAAGUCAACCAUUUUACAGCGAAGCUUUUUUGCUUAAAAGUAAGAGAAGCUGUAAGGUCUCUCCUUACUAACACCCACAUUAACCCUAACACCCACAUUAAUUCUGACUUCCAUAAAUAGCCGAAACAAGAAGGGUGGAACUCACAAAAUUCAAUUCAAAGUUUUUAUCUGCUUCUUUAUACAUCUCUUUUUCUCCUUGUUGGUCCAUAAUUCCCCCUUUUUUUGUACCUGCCUCCUCCUUACCGAGUUUACACCUACUUUAUGUUCUAAGAUAGUCAAAUAAUCUUGUCAUAAGUUCCUUUAAAGAAAACUGUACUUUGACAAAGAUGGUGUAUCAGUAUGUUUAAAUUUUUUUAAAAGAAGAUAGAUUAACUUUACACGGUGAUGAAAAGUAUACAUGUAGACCGAUACACUAAUUUUUCUCUGUUCAUCCCUUACUAUUACGAUUUUUUCAAAUGUAAGUAACUAUGUAAAAAGUUGUAUAUAUAUCGUAACAAUUGUUUUUUCAUCGACCUCUCUCCAACGAAAGCUACAAACUCAAACAAUGAAGUGUUUAAAUCCAUUACACCUAAGUUAAGCUUCAGUGGAGUUGUGGCUUUUAAAAUUUCUGAUUUGCGUAAAAGAAUGAAAAAGAUGGUAAACUUUAAACUCGGUAAAAAGUAGAGAAAGGUGAUUCUACGUCUUUUCACCGUUAGCGCAAGACAAAGAAAAUGUUUUCACCAGGUCUAAUUUAGAAAAAAAAAAGAACUGUUUGCAGUGAUAAAAUUAAUCUAGAUUGAACAUUUCUUAGAUUCCUGCGAGAAUACCGUGCGUGUAUAUAUUAUUGUCAUCUGUGCUACUGAAUUACUGAGUUGUUAAAACCUCCUUGGGUACUUUGUUAUCACAUUGACGAGGGUGUUUUCAGAAACAAGACUGAAAGACUAGCACACUGUAAGUGUCACACAAUGUCAUUAAAAGAUGUUUUAAUGAUUUGAGAUAAGAAUAGUUGAAUUGUAACAAUUUAAAAGGCUAAACUAGUAGUAUUUCAUAAAUAAAGUUAGUAACACAGAAAUAUUUGAAAAAUAAAACAAAUACUAUAACAAUUUUA